AUGCCAGCGUCACAAACGCAAUUACUCGAUACUCGCUCAAAGUUCUUCUUUUUCAAUGAUUUAAAAAAUAUUAGAACACGUCAUACUGAUGAUAGAUCUCAAAAAAAUGAGGAAUCUACUGGUGAGAAGGCUGAAGAAGCGAAAACGGUAAAUUCUGAGGAAAACGCGGAAAAACCAAAGGUUGAUCCAGCACUUAUUCGAAAACUUCGAAUUUACGUUCUAAUCGUUGCCGGAUUAUCGUUUGUAUCAUCCUUCAUCCUGCUUUCACAAAUGUUCACUUCAGAUAAAAGUAUAACCGAGGGAUUGACCGCUGAAGAUUUUACAAAGAAAGGAAUUCCGAUGAACACAUUCAUCGAGAAAUAUCUCAACCGCGGCGAAGUCCAACGCAUUAUUUUCGUUCCAACUAACACGCGAGCCAUCGCAUUCUUGCACCCGAAUGCUGUUAUUGACGGGCAACUAGCGAAAGAACGCACAAUUGUCGUCGAAUACCCGCAAAAUGCUCAACAGUUUUGGGCGGAUAUUCGAAAAGCUGAAGGCGAAUUGGGUAUUGGAUUAACGGAGGGUGUGAGGAUUGAUCUCUAUCAAGGAAUGACCACGUUUAAGCUUGUCGAGCUCAUAAUCGGAGUUGUGAUUUUGGCUUGGCUUGGAACUCAGUACGGUCGUCUUUUGAGGAAACGACUAUUGGAAAGUCAGGCAGCGGAAAAGAAAUAA